GGCGCGCGGAGGAGGAAGCGCGCCUGGCCGCGGCCCCAGGAACUUCGCAGAGCCCGAGUGGGCAGCGCCGGCCGCGGGCUCCGCUGGCGUCCCGUGUCGCAGGUGUGCGGAGCUUGGACGCACUCCCGGGCCGGGGCCGCCGCGCCACCUCCACGCCCCACGCGAGCCCCGGCCGGCCGCGGCGGAUGUCCUGAGCUCGCCGGCCGUGGGCUGUGCACCCCGGCGCGGGGGCUGCUCGGGGAAGUCGGGGCGAGGCGGGCGGGGUAUGCGCCAUCACCAUGGCCCGGCUGCGCUCGUGGCUCUGUGAGGUCCAGUGGUUCGUCUUGGUGUCGCUCUUCGUCGCGGCCCUGGUCACCGUGGGCCUGUACCUGGCUCAGUGGGCGCUGGCUAGGGCGCGACCCCGGCCCCGGCGGCGGACGGCGGAGCCCGGCGAGGGGCAGCGCCCCGAAUCGGACGCUCUGCUCUCCUGGAUCCUGACGCUGAACAGCUGGAGGAGCCAGUGGCAGGCGGCCUGGGUGACCGCCCUGAACCACGAGGCCGAAAGGAAAGGGGGCCCACUGCUCCUGUCCUUUGAGGAGGACAUGCAGCAACAGCCCCUGGAGCUGGCAGUGCAGGACGUCUCCAGUGUGAUCAGGUCGGCCCAGGAGAAGGUGGUGGUCUGUCGCGUGGUGGGCCAGACCAUUCAGUUUGUGGUCAGCACGGAACCCGCCCCGGCCGCGGGCACAGGACGCCAGCUGUAUGACGUGCAGCUGUCCCCACUUCAUUUACAGCUGGAGCUACACAUGAAAGAAAAGAAAGAGGACAUCCAGAUUAGGUGGUCCUUUAUCAGCGUGCCUGAAAUGGCCAUUGAGAUCCAGCCCAAGGCCCUGGGGGAGGACCAGGUGGUCGAGACAAAUGCCAUAUCUGAAGCCCUCAAGGACAUUCUGAAGCAUCUGGUCAGUUCUGCCUCUCCGUCAGUGGUCCUGAGCACCAAGCCCACGGAUGCGAAGGAAGUCCAGAAUCUACAGUGUAUUUCACCUACUGCUCAGGAAUCCUGCCCUCCUAAACCUCCAAGGGCUCAUGAACUAAAAUUACUGGUGAAGAACAUCCGAGCCUCGCUGCUGAGUGAUCCUGGUGCUUCAGGCAACAUUAACCCAGUGUGCACAGUUCAGCUGAAUGAUCCUGUUCAGAGGUUCUCCAGCACCCUAGCAAAAAACACUACUGACCUCACAUGGGAAGAAGAAUUCACCUUUGAGCUGAAUGCCAAGUCGAAGGAGUUACACCUGCAGAUUUCAGAGGCUGGGCAAUCCUCAGAAGGUCUGUUGGCGAUGACGACGGUCCCUUUAGAUUUAUUUAAGAAGCAGCCUUCUGGACCACAGAGCUUCACGCUGACCAGUGGGUCCUCCUCCAGCAGCUCGGUGCUGGGUUCGGUCACUGCAGAGUUUUCUUACAUAGAACCUGGUGAAUUGAAGUCCUGGCAAGUCCCUCUCCCUGUUCCUGCCACGAAGAUAGAAAAGGACCGCACAGUGAUGCCGUGUGGGACCGUGGUCACUACUGUCACUGCUGUGAAGACCAAGCCUCGCUUUGACCUGGGGAGGGCAUCCCCACUGAGCUCCGAGUCCCCUGUGAAGACACCUGUCAAGGUGAAGGUGAUUGAAAAGGACAUCUCUGUCCAGGCCAUCGCGUGCCACAGCGCCCCUGUCAGCAAAACGUUCUCCUCUUCAGACACAGAAUUGUUGGUGUUGAAUGGUUCGGAUCCAGUGGCUGAAGUGGCCAUUCGGCAGCUCAGUGAAUCUUCAAAGCUGAAACUCAAGUCGCCGCGGAAGAAAAGCACUCUCAUCAUAUCAGGGAUCUCAAAGACCUCGCUCUCUCAGGACCAUGAUGCUGCCCUGAUGCUGGACUACGCGGCUUCUAUGGACAGCACCCGCCAGAAGGAUGUCCCGUCCUCGACAGAGGCAGCCGCAGCCUCUGCCCUGCCUGAGCCAGACGAGCCAGCCCAUGCCCCGGCUGCUCUCGAGCUCCAGGAGAAUGAACUAGACUCCUGGGACUUGGAAAGGGAGUCCCAGGCUGCUGCGUGGAGUGGCCCGGCCCUGCUGGACGCUGAUGGGGACGAGCUGUCUGAGAGCUCCCUGAGUGUCUCAGAGCCAGGUGCUGCCAAAAAGCAUAAAGGAGGAAUUUUAAGGAAAGGCGCAAAGCUGUUCUUCCGCCGGCGGCAUCAACAGAAAGAGCCAGGCAUGAGCCAGUCACACAAUGACCUUGUGUUCCUGCAGCAGCCAGAGGGGGCCCGGAGGAAGGGGACUACCCUCAGCAGGAUCCUGAACAGGAAGCUGCUGUCCAGGCACAGAAGCAAGAAUACCGUGAACGGCGCUCCUGUGGAGCACUGCACGUAGAGCUGAGGCCAGAAGACAUGGGCCCUCGUGAACACCAGGACACAGCCAGAGUGCCGGCCAGCUGUCAGAUGGCCCCGCUUUUCUAGCUUGUUUUUUUCCCCAACAAUCUAGUCUUUAAAAGGGAAAAAAAAAAAAAAAUCUGAGUCUCCAGCUAGGAGGCUUCCCCAAGAGAACUGACAAAGCCCAAUUUGCCACCAGAUGCCAAAGGAGACUUGGUAAUCCCACAGCUUGGGCUGUGCUCAGUCUAAGAGUUGAGGUUAAAUAUUAAAAGGAGGUUUACAUUGUGCAUGAAAUAAUAUACUCUAACGGACUGUGGAGGAGCAGGCUUGGGGAGUCAGUUUUACCCGUUCUAUACUCUAACAAGUAUUGUUUGGGGUCCAUGCCUGGACCAUGUUCCAAAGAGGAGAGGCCCUUCUGUGCUGUCACUGUGAAAAGAAGGGAUGGGUCACCUCUCCUAAUCUGCUGCUUCAAAUUAAAAAGUGCGCCUAGCCCUGAGUACAGGGAGGUGGGACAUAGGCAGGAUUUUUUGAUAGAGAAACUAUGACAGGAAUGGAAAUGCCCUGACAAAUAUAAGAAGACGCUGCCUUUGAUAUUAGCCAUAGAACGUGACACCUUAUGCAAUACUAAAUAUGUCCUUUGUACAUUACACUGAACACUUUUCUAAGUUUACUUUGAUCCUUCUUGCCAGUGGGAGAUAUAUGAAUUCUUAUGUGGUUUUCACAUUUUUCUCUGUCGUGUCAGAAGCUCUACUAAUACCGGUGGUGCAGUUGACGACGCAGAUAUUUUUUUCCUGUCUGGCAAGCCUGUCAAAUGAAGUUAGAAGCAAUAGUAACAGCUACUAGAACAUGGUCACUGCACACAAACAGGGUUUUUGCCAAAUAUUGCCAAUAGCCAAAACAAAGUACUCUGAGGGCAAUAGAGGAGGUUAUCUUGUGUCUCAGUUGUCAGUCUUAGGAAUGAAAGUUUGAUGACAAAUGGGCCAAACUUGCGUGAAAUUCCUUUGAUGAGCUCUGCAGAAUUCUGCUGUGAACAGUGCUCCUGGACACGUUUCGGGGUGCCCUUGUUCUGCUUUCUAGUGGAAAAGGUGAUAAACUCGGCACGGGACUUUGAUAUCUGUAUGCAUCUUUCAAACCACUUUCCUCAUCAGAAUGACUGUCUGCUUCUGUUCAUUCACAUUCUCACACUGGUCCACCCCUUUAGAACGUACCACUUCCAGUAGACACACUUAUUAAAGAGUGACUGUCACUGGAGUGAAAUGUUUUGACAGUUUAAUAAGAUUCAUUUUCCUCCCAAUAGGACUUUAAAUGCUGGUAUGAAAACCUGACUUCUGUCACGGAUGUGAAAUGGGUGAGUUCCUUCCUGCAGGCUCUUUUGUUAAUCCUGAAACAUUAAAUAUUUCAGGGAAUAGAGCCAUUGAUGAACAAAAAGCUUUAUAAAAACCAAAAUUAUAGAUUUUUUUUCCUUUUGAGGGAGAAAUUCAAAAACUAUAUUAGGAAUUUCACUUUUUCUUUUUCUUUUUUAAAUAAAGAUGACCGGUAAGAGGAUCUUAACCCUUGACUUGGUGUUGUCAGCCCCACGCUCUCCCAAGUGAGCCACGGGCUGGCCCUAGGAAUUUCACUUUUAAAGGCACAUUAAAAAAAUUCUUAGGUGUUCCAGGAAUUAUUAAGUGACUUUUAAAAUGACUUUUCCACCAUGCUUUGUUUUCAGAGAUUAUAUUCCGAUUUUAAUCAUUGUAAAAUAGCACCUGGAAUUCCAAAUAUCUGAGGGUACUUCCAAAAGAUUGUGGAAAAAUAGAAGUAAAAGAUAAUAUGAAUCUUUCCAUGAAUUUUUGGAAGUACUCUCGUGUAGUAAUACCAAGUUAGUCCCCAAAGUUAGUAAUCACUACAAGUCUUUUGGAACGGAUGGUCACUUUACUGUUUUGUUUUAUUUGAAGUAGUACUGCUCUUUGUCAUGUGGGAGAAUGAACCUGUGACAUAAGAAUUGGUUCUAAGAAAAUAUCAUGCAGCAGGAUUUCAGACACUGAUCACAAGUCUUUAAUAAUUGUUUUUUUUUUUUAAUUUUGAAAUUCAGGUAAACUCCAUUUAUUCGUGUUAAUCCAGAGUUCUGGAUUAAGCUUUCUCAAUCUCAAAAAAAAAAAAAAAAUGUUUUAAAUCAUCCCAUUCCCAGAUUAACCCAUACGCAUUCUGUUCACUGUUUAAUACCUACAUCUAGGGCUCCACUUCCUAUAGACGCAGUCAUGACAUCUAAUUACCUUUUCUGAAGUUCCAGACAACACUAACAUAGCAGGGAGUUUCAGUACGAGGAAAUGAAAAAAAAAAUUAGGGUAGCACUGGGAGGAAAGGGGCUGUAUUGAUACUGUGAAUGUUUCUUUUCCAAAAGCUGUGUAUCCAGGUUUGUUUUUUCAUGGUGUAGGGUAUUUAUGUUAAUGUCAUUACAUUUAAGGAUUGAUUAAAAUUAUACACCAAAUGCUGAAAAUACUAAUGUGUAAAUCAUCUUACCUCUUCUACAAGCUUUAGUCACUUGAGGGCUUUUGUUUUUGGAUUUUGUCUUGAUGAAAUGUUUGCAGGGUGGUAUUCUUAAAGCGAUUCCUCAUGAACACUGAUAUUAACGUGUGUCUGUAUCUCUGGAACCAGGUGCUCUCAUGUUGGUUUGAAUGAGCUCACAACCCUCCCAUCUGCUUUAAGGAUAUGUCUUGUUUUCUUUGUGGAGGAGUGAAAUGGAACUUUAAGGGGGGUGGGGGGUGGUGUGUGUGCGCAUUAAUGUAGCAAUAACAGAAGUAGUGGUUCCCUUGUUCCAGAUGAAAACCUGCUGUGAGGAAGAGGCUUUAGGCAGAGCACUUUAUUUUAAUCACGUUUCAAGUUUAAGUUCACAACCAGCCCUUGAUUCCUUGUGAUUGCUACUUGGCUAGUCACUGCCAACCAGUUACAGAUUAGGCACCCUUCUAGAUUGUUGCCAGGGUUUUACUGGCAACAUCUGUAGGAGAGAGUUGUGCAUUUUCUUCUUGAGCAGAAAGGGAAAGAUUAAUUUACACUGCUCCCACCAAAAGCGGGUGUUUUCUGGGUAAUAAAUUUGUGGCUCUUGAUCUUGAAACUUCAGAAUACAAGGUGGUGGGCGCUGGAAGUCAGAACCUAUAUCUCUGUCUGAUGGAAAACGGUCUCGGUACUGGCAUAGCGCUGAUGCACAGUCUCUCUGCAGCCCAAAACCAGUCAAGUUGUGAUUACCAAAGCAACUGGCACGGGGAAAAGGAUGCUGUUAAAUCUUACGACUCAAACUCAGGUUACAUUUAGUUCAUUAUCUUUAGCAUUCCUGUUUUAUGUGCAAAGAGAAUUCAAAACACAUUAAACUGCUCAGUUCAUCGAGCUCACGACUACACAGUAAUGUAUCAUUUGUAAUUGUGGCUUAUAGUUUGGAUUUACCCCCAAUGUCAUGUCAAACCGGCAUUUAAAAGAGAGGAAAGUGAAAGGUUUUCCAGGCCUGUGGACAGGUUUGGCUUGAUGCUGAAGUGAUACAUUUAAACGACAAUGAUUGUAUUCCUCGGUAGCACUUUAAAAACAGAUGACAGUCCUACACCAAGCCUUGUGCGGGGCUCUGGGUGGGUUCCCUUGGAGAGGGUGUGGCGGGAACAUGAGCAAUCUUUGAGAGAAAUAAAUGUGCACAUGGAACACUA